GGUACCCUACUUACUAACAAAUUUGGCUAAAUUUUUUUUUGGCAAUUUGAAAUCUUUUUCAUCGACAAAAAAAGUCGAAAUUGUCAUAAAAGAUUGGAUACGUCCUUUAUGGAUAUUUCCAAUUUUCACCUGUGAUGCUAUUUUCUUUCAAGUUUCAUUUUAUUUUAUUUUUUUUUUGAAAUUUUUAUCAUUCUAAAUCCUAAAAAAAUGCUCUUUCCUGUUCGAUGUUGGACCUGUGGCAAAGUAAUUGGACAUCUUUGGAAUGAAUACAAUGAACGACUUCAAAUAGCCAAAGUUUCCAAUGAUAAUCUUGAAAAUGGAUUAGAACCAUUAUUCAAGGAAUUGGGAUUAAAACGAUUCUGUUGUCAUACAAUGUUCCUGUCUCAUUAUGAAACAUAUGAAGAUGCGAUUAAAAUGGGCUUUCCAGAAGAUUAUAGUAAUAUGACAUAAUACCCAUAUCAAUCAUUGUUUUUUUUGUGAAACUGAAAACGAAUCACACACCAAAUGAUAAUUUUUAUUUAAUUCAAAAUUUUUUUUUGUCAAUUUGAAUGUUUUUGAUGAAUCUGGAAUAAA